AUGAGCAAUGACGACGACGGGAAGCAGCCUGGUGAUCAAUUGCAAUGUGAACUCAAGGCGUCCAUCCGACGAGCGCAUCAAGCCAAAAAACCCUUCAUUACACAUCUCAAUGCAGACACCACCUGGUUAUUGUCAUUACCAUACCCAGAGCCCUCGUUGUCACCUAGAGGUCGAUCUCGCUACAAUAUCUUGAUUGAUCCCUGGUUGAAGGGAACUCAGGAAGACGUAGCAGGCUGGUUCUCCAAGCAAUGGCAUUCGGUCAAGAGCAGUGUUGAAUCGGCAACUGAACUUGAUGACCUACUACGUCAAGCUGAGAGGCUGGAGCAAUGUGAUUCUGACUGCUAUGUGGGCGAUGAUGACAGAAUACCAUCCAUGAACAUCGCCUGCAAUCGAGUGGACGGGAUUCUGAUAUCGCAUGAGUUUACUGAUCACUGCCACCGUGCCACAUUGCUCGACUUUGAUGCCGACAUCCCAGUGUAUGCCUCGACCAAGGCGGCACAAUUGAUCCGAUCAUGGAAGCAUUUCAAUCGAGUGGUCCAGAUACCGCCUUUUGACGAGAAGCACGGCUGGUCAAGCCAUGGCCAUGGUGACUGGCCAUGGCCUUCGUGGGUUAACAUCAGCAGGAUCACCACUCGAUUCGACGCUUUGGCCUAUCACUCUGCCAUGGUAAUAUGUGUGAGGCCAAGAGCCCACAGAGAUACAACAGAUGCAUACAUUUACUCUCCUCAUGGCAUCGAAGCGUCAUCAGUGUCCAAAUUGAUGCAUACUCGGCCCCCUCUUAAUGUUGUGGCCUUCCUGCAUGGCUUACAUGACGUCUCAAUUGCCAAUCACAAACAACUCAACUUGGGGGCUGUCAAUGCUAUCAAGGCACAACGGACGAUCUUGGCCAAGUACUGGAUUGGUACACACGACGAAGAAAAGCCCGGAUCUGGCCUGAUAGCACCGUUAUUACAGCGCAAGGUGUGGAGCGUUGUUGAUGCAUUGGCCAGCAUCCGCCACAGUGAAUCUGAUAUGGGGCGAGAAGCAUGGCUCCAGAGGAUGGAGUGUGUAGAAUUGGCCAACGGCGAGUCGUUUCUGCUAGAGUGA